AUGGCCUGCGUUGAUACAAAUCCUGCAUUGCAGGUACGAACCUGGUUUACCAUUCGCGUGUACCAGCGUAACACCAGCCACACCAGCACUGUCCACCUCAGCCCGGCCGACGCCAUCGGCUUCGCCGUGAAACACCACAGGCGUGUGACGGCUUCGAAAGCGUACGAGCGUUUAUGGCGAGUUUUCUACUCCCGCUUCCAGGAAUUCGGAAACAGAAGCACUGCACCGAACGACGCUGCCAUAGAGAGGUCCGCGGCGAUUCAGACCUUCGUCCUUGAGCACAUCUUCGAGGCCAAGACAAACCCGACAGGUCGUCCCGCAUGUUUUGUUAUGUCAGCACUGGAUGGGUACACAGCCAACAUUUCAUCCGAAGAGUGGAUCGCAGAGAUAAACGAGGUGAUCCCCAGCGCCCAUGUGUCUCCUUCAGACAACAUCAGCGUGAGCGAUCUUGCGGUUCUCGAAGCGAUCGACGUCAUCUUCAAGUCCUUCACUCGCCGGGACAUUAUGGAUUAUUUGGGCUGCCAGUUGGCACAGUUGUACGGUCCGCUGGUUGAUCCGAUGCUGUCCAAGGAGUACUUUGGAGACGCGGAGCGCACCGCGAUCUACCUGCCUUACGUGUGCGCCCGUGAGGUUGAGGCAUCAUAUCCGGGUUUGGCGGCAGCACUGCACUACCUCACGCGCCUCGACCAGUCGGCUCGGAAUGCCGUCAGGAUGACCCUGGAGAGUGUCCUCAACACCACGGCCGCCCUAGUAGAAGGCGUCUCUUGGCUGGACGAGGCCACGAAGGCUGCGGCCACAGCUCAGCUUCGAAGUGUGAAAAUCCGUCUCUGGCCUCCUCCGUGGAUCCUGGAAAAAGAAGCCCUAACGCGCAUCUACUCUCACUUCCCGGUCAACGCCACUUCGCUGAUGGAAUUCCUGAAGCUUUCUCGAAUAGCGAUAAGGAAGCUCACCGAGUCGGAGCCGGAGUUCGAAGAGGUGCUUUCGAGUCCACUGAGUGGCUCACUGCCUUACUUCAGCUACGACCAAGCCCUCGGCGAGGUGUCCAUAUCAGCAGGCGCUGUCCAGUUCCCGCUGUAUGUCCCCGGUGGCACUGCAGUCAUGAACUACGCUGGACUUGGCUUCUCGUUUGCGAUGCAGUUGGUGCGGUUUCUCGAAAGCGUUAGCCGCACGGGGACGGCUGAGCGACGGUGCACAGACAUAAGCGACGGCAACUUUGCAUCGUACACAGCUGCGCUUCGCAAGAGGUCUUCGUGUCUCGCGCCGGCUUACAACGGCAGCUUCUUCCCUGAGGUGGUAGCCUUGGAGGCCACUCACGCCGCAUUCCUCAACAGUGUCGGUGGUGCUCUUGACGGAGAGCGUGUCAUCAAAGAGUUCUCCAAUGAGCAGAUCUUCUACAUCGCAAUCUGCUACUUCCAAUGCGGCCGUCAUGGUGGCCUACGUGAUUUCUUCAACCAAUGCAACAAGGCCGUUAUGCACUUCCCGGAUUUCGCGGCUGCCUUUAAGUGUCUCGUCGGCUCUCGCAUGUACCCUAGCGGCAGCUGUCGCUUCUUCUGA